GACAGAUGCUCGCCGGCUGGUAGGAAGACUGGGUAAUGGGUUAAUGUAUUCUGGAAGUGACGUCUUCAGCUCUGCAGUGGAUAUUUGGAGAACAGUGAGACAGAGCUAAAAGGAUGGCUGGCUUGUGGAAAUCAUAUCAGAGGCUGAUGUUAAUACACCCCUGGAAAAUACAAAUUAUCACUGCUGGUACUCUGGUAGGUGUUGGGGAUGUUAUUUCCCAGCAGCUGGUGGAAAGGAAAGGCUUUGCCAAUCACAGUGUGAAAAGGACAGUAAAGAUGAUGGGCAUUGGAUUCUUCUUUGUGGGUCCUGUAGUAGGAGGAUGGUACAAGGUCCUUGAUCGGCUUGUUCCUGGAGGAAACAAAACUGUGGCUUUAAAGAAGAUGCUGCUUGACCAGGCUGUUUUUUCUCCUUGCUUUCUUGGCUGUUUCCUUACUAUCAGUGGAACCUUGAAUGGACUGACGAUGGAGGAAAACUGGAACAAGUUAAAGAGGGACUUCACUGAUGCCUUGAUAACAAGCUACUAUCUCUGGCCAGCUGUACAGAUUGCGAAUUUCUAUUUUAUACCACUAAAUCACAGAUUGGCAGUGGUCCAAGUCGUUGCUAUAGUGUGGAACACCUACCUCUCUUGGAAGGCCAAUAAGAUUUAAUGGACUUCUUCAGAAACCCAUCUUACCUCAUUAAUAGAAAAAACUUUACCUUACAGCUCUAAUGCUUAGUUUGGCAGAUAACAGUGCUUAUUCUUCAUUGUUUAUUUGCUUCUUUUACAGUUUUAUUUUCCUCCAAACAGUAAUCAUAUAUUGAGCUCUGUUUUGCAUAAUUGCUUGUUUUAAGAUCAGAAAAUGUGAACAUAAAAUGGUUUUGAAACUUGGACAAGUUAUUCUUUCCCACGUUUUUUUUUCAGUAAAAAAGUACACUGCUUGAACAAUACUUUAGACACACCCAUCCUGUUUGCACUGAGGCUGGUGUAUAUGGCCACUUCCUACCUGUAGGCGUUGCUUUUUUAGAAAGGGAGAGUGGGUGUAAUCAAGCAAAGAUUCCAUAGAUAGCCCUUCCAACUUUCUGAGUUUGCCCUACAGUAGCCUUGCUUACUUAUUCUAAACAUAGUAAGAAUUCGAUGCAUAGCAGAAAUUAUGUAAGACAAUGCAGUAUUAUAUUAUUAAAGUAUGUCUAUCAUUCUG